UAAAACGUGCAGCGGAAAUUUAAGUGUCGCGCUGUUGAAUUCAAAUUGAAACGUCGCCCAACGUUGCCAUUGUUGUUGUUAUUUUUGUUUUUAUAUUUAAAUUCAUUUUUUUUUUGUGCCCCCGUCUGCUUGCCAUUUUUGCUCUGGCCAUUCUAGUUGUUGUUGUUGUUGCCGUUGUUGUUGUUGUUGUUUUUGUUAGCAUAUCCGUUAGUUAAUUUUGAAUUCGCCGCAAAAUGAGAAGCGUGCAAUUGAGCUGCGUCCUGAUCCUGGCACUGAUUGCGUACGGACACGGCCUGGCCGUCGGCACACCCGAAUGCCCCGAGAAAUAUGGCGUUCAGGCUUACGCGCACACCGAGAACUGCGAUCAGUUCUUCCUCUGCACCAACGGCACCCUCACCCUGGAGACCUGCGAGAACGGCCUGCUCUUCGAUGGCAAGGGCGCCGUACACAACCAUUGCAACUACAACUGGGCGGUCGACUGCAAGGGCCGCCAUUGGGAUCCCACGCCCAUUUCGACGCCUGGCUGCGAAUAUCAAUUUGGACUGUAUGCCGUCUCCAAGGAGUGCUCGACAACGUACAUCAAGUGCGCCCACGGCGAGCCGCACGAACAGGACUGCGAUGCGGGCUUGGCGUACGAUGAACGCAUCCAUGGCUGCAAUUGGCCCGAUCAGCUGCUCGAGCACUGCAAUCCCGAGGCUGUUGUGGGCUUCAAAUGUCCGACUAAGGUGGAUCCCAAUUCGGUUGCCGCACGCUUUUGGCCCUUCCCCCGGUUUCCCGUGCAGGGCGAUUGCCAUCGAUUGAUCACCUGCGUCGAGGGCUAUCCGCGUCUCAUUAGCUGCGGCGAGGACAAGGUGUUCGAUGAGCACACGCUCACCUGCGAGGAGCCCGAAUAUGCUAGCGGCGGCUGUGCCAACUAUGGCAAAUAGUGUGACCGUAUCUCCAAAAAGAAAUCGCACACACACACAAACUUAACUGUACAUAUGCAUGUAAAGCUGCUUGAGCCGCGCUCUCGCUCUCGCUCUCUCUUGUGCUCUCUCUCUCUCUCUCUCUUCCACUCGUUCAUGCACACGGCCUCUCUGUCUGUCCCGCUCGCACUGCACCCAUUUCCUAGCAUCAAAUAUUGCAAUAACUAACGAUAAUAUUCCACACACUCCUACUUUUUUUUUUCGUUCAAAUAUAUAUAAAUAUAUAUUGUUAAUCGUCAAUUGUAUAAUU